UGUUUAUGUUAUCCAAGGAAAGGUCUAAAUUGAAAAUGGAAAAUUUUUAACAUGGAUUUCACACUCAGGUUGUUAUGAGUAAUCUGUGCGUUGUUGCACGGGUUCGGCCGUUAUUUUCUGAUGAGCUUGGCGAUGCUGUGGAGAAAUGUGUAACGAUACGCCGAAACCAACUGCUACUAACAGACAUCAAAGAUGCAAGAUGUAACCAUGUGGCGGACAACCGAAAGCGUCGACACACCUUCACGUUUGACCACAUUUUCGGCGCGGACGAGGAUGGUGCAGAGGACAAAGUUCAGCAAGAGAUAUACGAAUGCUUGGGACAGCGAGCUAUCGCUUCCAUUUUGGAUGGAUAUAACAGCAGCAUAUUCGCAUACGGAAUGACGGGGACAGGAAAGACAUAUACCAUUUUUGGCACGAAGGCUGCUCCAGGUUUAUUACCAAGGAUCUGCAAUGCACUUCUUGAACAUGUUCAGAAUAAUUCAUCUCCAGAAACUAAAUGUGAACAGCUUAUCAGCAUUUUGGAAAUUUAUAAUGAAAAAGUGCGCGAUUUGCUCAUUGAUCCCUGUGAAAUGGAAGAUAAAGUGCCUCUACGGGUACGAGAACACCCAGAUACAGGACCAUACAUUGAGGGUCUUACACAAGUUCCCAUCACGAGUCCGGCCACAAUUGACUCCAUCAUCGCUCGAGGCAUUGCAAAUCGCAAGACUGCGGAGAACGAUGUCCAUCAGCGAAGUAGCCGUAGUCACGUGAUUUGCACUAUCUUCUACACCGAGGUGAAAUCCGAUUCGGGUUUCUCUCGACAGUUCACCAGCAAGCUGAGCCUAAUAGAUCUUGCAGGCAGUGAGAAAACCUAUAAGUCAAACGGCGGUCAACGCUUUGAAGAGGGUCGUUACAUCAACCUUUCUUUGUCUUCCUUGAGCUCAGUGAUUUCAAGACUUGCUGAGAGAUCACAAAGGCUCGCUGUCGAUCAGGACACGACAUUGAAUAGCAGUAUGUCAACCAUGGACAGUACAAGAAGUUCUCGGCAAUCUGCCUUAUCCACUGCGUCUCCCAUCCACAUCCCGUACCGCAAUUCCAAGCUCACUUGGUUACUGAGUGAUUCGCUUGGCGGAAAUGCUCUUACUACCAUGAUCGCAACCAUCUCUUCGAGCUAUUCGCAGUAUCAGGAGACGUUGAAAACGUUGCGUUAUGCUCAACAAGCCAAACUGAUAGUGAACCAACCAAAGCUGAACAUGGAUGCAGGUGCAAUGUAUAUACGUCAAUUGUUGGAUGAAAUAGCCGUUCUGAGAAGGGAACUUACCAAACGCGGACCACUACAGGCUGGAAUUUCUGGCGUCCAUAACCGAUUCCGAGGCUUAUCAUGGAGGCGAGUGAACUCGGAGGGUGAUAUCACACCGGAUCGACUGAGUCCAAUGAAUCUUGACAGAACGUGUACCACGCCACUUUCAAAUCAGCUCAUCGUUGUCUCAAGCGGACUGCGCAACACUGAGACCGGUAACACAAUAAAAUUCAACGUAACAACCAUACAUGCAGAAGAAAGUUCUCACGCUGCUGAAUCGACGCACGAUGAUGAUGUCAACCGAAGUGGCCACCACGAUUUGAAAACAAAUUUGUCUGACGUACACAUCCGGUACCCAAAUGGAUGUUUACGCCGGCCCCUUGAAGUAUACGAUGCAGCGGUGGUGGAUAAUAGAAGGCACGCUGAUGAGGAGGUCUCCGAUUCAAGUCCCUCUUCGCAUUCACCAAGUUGCGCGGUCGACCACGAGGAAGUACUACAUAAUUCACCCACUGAAGACCGUCGGGAAGUACUAUCGCAAACAUCCCCUUCAGGAAAGGUGCCGCAGCACAACUAUCCUCCUGUGGUCGUAGACAAAGGUCUGCAGGUCCCUGACUUGCUUUUAACAUCCAGUAAUCACUGGCCAACUCAAAGUAGGACAGUGGUCAAUGGGAGAACCAGAACUCGUUUCAGAAUGAACGCACGAAUACGCAUUAGACCAGUUUCAUCAUCUUCGUGUACUCCAGUCUGGCCAGGUGCUGCAACGGUGUCAAGUUCUCUUUUCUUGAAGACGGAUGCGCAUGGACAAGCGACCUCACAUGUGGGUGCUUUACAGACUGAUGGAUUAUCAAGUGUUUACUAUGUCGGUGCACAAGCUGUCGUUUCCAACGGAUGCUCUGGCGUUCCUCGUUGUUCAACUCCCGUCACUAAUGCUCAGUGCCACAUCAACACACAUAUUCCACAUAUUCAGUCCAACCAUUUGGGUAUAAAACAUCAAGUUUCCGCAACCAACAGCGACAGCUUGAGUGUUGAAAGCAAUAGCGACAAACGUUGUUGCAGUUCUGAAGUACCGACUAUUUCAAGCAUACAAACCAAUGAAGCUGCUGUUGCUGCUGACCGCGAAACUAAUAGUGACGCAAGCUCGUCUCUAGUUGGAAGUCUUCCUUAUUCAGCUGAUCCCAUGGACAGCUUGAGUGAACACUCGUCUUUGGACGAAACUGCUCUAGUCUCUUUUGACAGUGCGUGCGAUGAAACGCCGUAUCCACAGUUGAAAGGUAGUCCUGAGCUCGACUCUCCCUCAAGUCCCUCAAGAUUAUUCCAAUCACCUUCGCUGCAACUGGACGACGCGGAACGUAAGUUACUGUCCUAUUUUUCAUAA